GGGCUUCCUCCGGGGGCAAAGCCUCUCCAGGCGGGGCAGCAGGCGCUGCAGACCCCCCAGUGCCGCCCCGCAGCACCCACCUCACCUGGGAGCGGCCUCAAGUGCAAACGCCUGGGCGCCGGGCGGCCUGCUGGAUGGGGAACCUCAAUGGGGAACCGGCGGGGCCGCAGCACGUGCGUCUUCACCGGCUUCCAGGUGCUCCGGAGGGAGCCACGGGGCCAAGGACGGCCGGCCGACGGGGCGGGGAGAAGGGCCCCCCUUAGGGCUGAUUCGGCACCAUCCGUGCCCUCCGCGGGCCUCAUAACAGCUGCGGGGGGCAGCGGGCGAGGCGGGAUCAGGCCGGCGGCGGAGCCAGAGGGAGCGCGCCGAGGACGGGCCACAGCGAGGCCAGCCGGGCGGGUCAGGGGCCCGGAGCGCACGACGCGCACUUCCCCCGCGUGCGGCCCCGUGCGGGCCGCUCCUCCCCGCGCCUCCCCUCCCCGGGCCGCCCCGCAGCGCCCCGCCGGCGCCCCCGGCUCCCCCGGCGCCAUGGAGCGCAGCCGCACCAGCACCCCGGACAAGGCCGGGGCAGUGGUGCUGUGGGGCUGUGAGCUAAACCAGGAGAAGCGGACCUGGACCUUCAAGCCGCAAAAGGAGGGGAAGGACUGUAAGCUGUUGCUCAAUACGAUUUGCCUGGGGGAGAAGGUCAAAGGGGAGAUGAACCUCGUGGAGAUCGUGCCCCCAGCAAGCCAGGAGGAGAAGAGGACCAAGCUCAUCCCCAUCGCCUCGCUGCAGGCCUCCGUCCUGCCCACGGUCACGAUGGGCCUGGAGCUCUCUCCUCCGGUCACUUUCCAGCUCCGGGCGGGCUUGGGACCCGUGUUCCUCAGCGGCCAGGAAUGCUACGAGAUUCCUGAAGUCUCCUGGGAGGAGGAGGAGGGGGAGGAGGAGGAUCAGUCAGAGGAGGAAGAUGACGACGAUGACGACGAUGAUGAUCAAGAUGUGACCCUGGAGGACUCCCCUGUCAAACAAGGCAAGAGGCUUUCGUCCCAGAAGCAGGCCAGCAUUGCCAAGAAAAAGAAAGUGGAAAAAGAAGAUGAGGCGGUCAGAGCCAGCCUUAAAGGCAAGAGCCCUGUGAACAAGGCCAGAUACACACCCAAGGGAAAAAAGCCGGUGCCCAAGAAAUGAGAAGCCAGGAGUGCAUGCCCCCGUGAUCGGGGAGGGCCUGCCAGGCCACCGUGCACCGUGGGCCUCCCUGAGCUGCCCCCUGGGCCCAGGGAAUAUCCCUCCCGGCCCUCAACCUGAGUCUGGAUGUGAUGGAGCUGUUGGGGGGAACACAAGAGCCCCUCACCCCAACUCUCCGGAUUCAGCAGGACCUGGAGGGAAGAGCCCCAACCUCAGGGACACAAUAAAGUUUGCUUUGCCAAGA